CUCCUCUAAAUAAAUACCUGCUGUGGGGCGCUACCUUUUCUGAAUUGGGGUUGAAGCUCGGAUAGCUGAGCUCCAACGUUGAAGCUCCUAAAGCUAACGACCUUCGACACUACAAAAUGUCAAUACCUCGACGCAGCUUCACCUGUCUACAAUGUCGUUUGCGAACUCUUCCCUGCCCUCCGCGACGUCUAUUUCACUCGUCUACAUCCUUCCGAUCCGAAACCCCUCGCCCCUCAGUUGCCCCAAAAUUCUCACUCGAUGUCAAACACAUCCGUCAGAAUGCCGCGCUGCACGAAAAAAAUUGCCUCGAUCGCAACUACAAAACUCAGGCUCAGUAUCCCGCACGGAUAAACAGCCUAUUCGAACAAUGGCACGCCUAUCAGCGUGAGGCGCGCAGCCUGCGCGAGCGGAACAAUCGAUUGAAGCUCCAGCUCGCCAAUCCGACCACCCUCCGUGAUGAGUCCUCUGACGAGGUCCAGCGCAUUCGGCAGAUGUCGAAGCAGGAGAUAAUUGAUGAAGCUAAAAUAUUGAAAGAACAGCUAUCUAAGAUUGAGGAACAGGAGACAGCUCUUACGACGGAAAUUGAUGCAUUGGCAGCAGCAAUACCAAAUAUUACGAGCAACGAGACACCCAAAGGAAACGAUCCUACAGUGGUGGGAUAUAUCAACGACCACCCGGAGCCAGAUCCCACGGCAUCAGAUCGAAUAUGGCGCUCGCAUGUCCACAUUGGUACUGAGCUUCACCUGCUGGAUUUUGCUGGGGCAGCAACCACAAGUGGAUGGGGAUGGUAUUAUCUUCUGAACGAAGCAGCGCAGCUCGAGCAAGCUCUUGUACAAUAUGCGCUCAGCGUAGCUAGGAAACGAGGAUGGGGAAUGGUCAGCCCACCGAGUAUGGUGUAUAGUCACAUCGCAGCAGCUUGUGGAUUCCAGCCAAGGGACCAAAAUGGAGAACAACAGAUUUACAAUAUCCAGCAGAAUGCAGGCGAUGUGGGACGGAAGCCAGAACUCAGUCUUGCAGGGACAGCCGAGAUCCCUCUAGCUGGAAUGAAAGCAAACAAAAUUCUCGAAGAGGCAGAUUUACCCAUGAAGCGGGUGGGUGUCUCAAGGAGCUACAGAGCGGAAGCUGGGGCAAGAGGUGUCGACACCAAGGGACUAUACCGAGUGCACGAGUUCACCAAAGUAGAGAUGUUUGCAUGGACAGCCCCUUCGGCUGAGGCUUCUACGAUCAUCUUCGACGAAAUGAUAUCUAUCCAAACAGAGAUCUUCACGAAUCUCAACUUGCAUUGCCGUAUAAUCGAAAUGCCUAGCACUGAUCUUGGCGCCUCAGCUACACGCAAAAGAGACAUUGAGGCAUUCUUUCCUUCACGAAGACCCAAAGAUGAUGGGUGGGGAGAAGUGUCAUCGGUGAGCACGUGUACGGAUUAUCAGACUAGAAGACUGGCCACCAGAGUCGACAUUCGGACACUCGGUGGCAAGAUUGCCUUUCCCUAUACUGUCAAUGGAACUGCCUUGGCAGUACCCAGAGUCAUUGCUGCUAUUCUGGAGAAUGGUUGGAACGAGGCCAAAGGAGAAGUUGCUAUACCCGAGGUACUUUGGCCUUGGAUGGACGGGCAGCAUGUCAUCCAAAAGAAGAGCCGUUGAUAUGACGGAAAAUGGCCUUGUAAGAUAAAUUGUACACCAUCUUCGUUCACUUUAUACCUGAUUGGCAUUCAGAACGACGAUUUUUACCAUGUUCUCUGGAUGUUGCCGCCAAAUGGCUGUGCUUGAGCCACUGCGGAAGAUAUCUAAAAUUGAAAUCUACUUGAGCGAAUUAUGUAUUCGACAUCUACUCAAAACAAUGUCCCUUCUAGCAUCAAUCAAGGCAUGUAUAGCGCUCUAUAUUGGGUGCGGAGCUGUUCCCUCCCCGACCUGGGUGCAGAAACGGUCAGCGAAGGCCCGGACAAGGACAGAUUCCGAGUAGGCGACGGGGCACAGGGAGAGCAUAUAUCAAUGGCUUGAGAAGGAAUUCUCGCGACGCCUAAAUUAGCAAGUAUUUUAAGUACAAGCCGUGGGCCUGACAACGACCAACACGCCAUGAAGAUGCCCUGUCCGAUAACCUGAUAUUCGAGUGAUUAGGAGCAGUGGGCCAGCAUGAAUACCAUGCAAGUACCACUAUGCCUAUAAAUCACUCACAACUCACAAUUAGGAGACAGUGUCAGUCUUCUUUUUUCAUGUCCAUGACUACUUAAUAUGUCGAGGAUGAAAUUAUGAUCUUGAAAUCUUAAUGAAUAUCCUCCGAAGAUCUAGAAUGCUGUAAAGUUUUGUUGCAGUCAUCUGAUCAUAUGGGAUAUUACCUGGUAACCCAGACUUUGUUCGUUUCCGGAUGGUCACAUCGAUGUUGACCGUAUCGUCAGAAAGGAGUUUACAGUACAGGUUUUGUCAGAUGUGCCGAUCCUAAUAUCUGAGAAUCAUUGAAUGAACGUGGUCACUAAGGGAAUCACGGAAUAUAUAGCCACAUAUUCAGAUUGCUGGAGAAUUCUCCUUUGCGUACUUUAAUCAAAUUUUGUUAAACAUUCAUCCAAGAUUCUGAUAACCUGGUUAAGG